AUGCAGGGGCACAUCCCGGCACCGCUACUGCGCUCUCUACGGCGCUUCGCUACACCCGACGAGGUCGAAGAUGGCGACAAUAUUGACAUUUAUUCCUCAAUGGCGCACGGUGAGAUUUUGGGCACACAACGCGGCGUUAAGUCCAGUGCAGAUGAUGCGUUGGUCACACAACAGGUCGCAGUGUGGGGACUACUGCGUCUGUCGCCGGAAGACGCCGAUGGCCAUUCCUUCGUACGUAAUCUGCCAGGAGGCGUGGGUCAAAUCGGGCGAUUCGUGGUUGUGCGUGAGGAAGCCGCAGAAGAGGAGAACUGUCUCGCUACGCAGUUGCCGAUUUUGUAUCACUGCAAGGACGGGGAGGCUGUGAGGUUGGAGAUGCAAGUAGUCCAAUGCCUGCAUGCGCGCGAUUUCCAUCGUGCAAUUGGCUUCACUCCUUUGCGUUGUGCAGUAGAUCUGCAUAUGCUUGGCGACAAGAGGGUAUUGCUGCAUCAGUUAGAGAAGUACAAGGCCGCAUCAUGUGACGCUGACAGCUUCUACGUUCGCGUUGGAGUGACGCAAGGCAAGAAGAGCAGGAGUUUCCGCGUGCUUAAUGGCCGUGGGGAAGACGUCACGUCUGCUGAUACGAAGACUGUGGAGCUGGAAUCCAUUUUACCGGAGGUGGGUGAGAAUGAAGACAGCGGAGAGACGAAGAGUAAGAAGAAAAGCGCCAAGAAACAGAAGAAAGGAGGUAAAAAGACACCAGUGAAGCCGAGUGGAGACGAGGAAGAUAAGCUGGGCUUCUUGCCCUCUCUGGAGUACGGUGACAUUGCAAAUCUCGAUGUACUAAUCAGUCUCGCACCGUUAGAUGCAACUGCCGAUGUUGCUGCUCCCGUGAUUUCGAUCCCGACGCCUUCUGCCUCGAAGAAACCCCCUCAGCGCUUUCAUGCUCACUGUGAUGCAUUGGUUAUGGUCCCGGUAGACUCAUCUAUGGAAUCAGCGCUAGCGUUUCUCCGUCAACAACUUCACGAACAAUUGACAGAGGUGGCGAGCCGACUUAAAGGAGCCCCAGAGGCAGUCACCUCUGUGACAGCACACCAGUUCCCACUGGUCGGAGCGGCGUUCCCAUUAACGGUAAUAUGCUCUGACUGCGAGAGUUUGGACGACGUGAAGACGCUCGAGAGCCUGCAUCGCGCGUUUUUCCAACCAUUGGACCAGCCUCUCUUCCGCGUGUCUCGUGGAUGUUCGUUGGCUCAGCAGGGCGAAUGGCUCGCCUCAAGUGACGUGCUCUUUAAUGUGCACGAAGGCAUCCCGAGGUCCGGUGUAGGCGAUAACUGCCAGUCAGCUUUGGUGGAUGGUUUCUAUGGCUACUACCACUACCUCCAACAGGGUAUGAACGACAAAGGCUGGGGCUGUGCGUACCGAUCGCUGCAGACAUUAGCGUCCUGGCUGUUUGUCCAGCACUACACGCAGCAGCGAUUCCUCUCUUAUGAGCAGAUUCAAAGUGCUUUGGUCAAGAUUGGGGACAAACCUGCGCGUUUCCAAGGCUCAACCGAGUGGAUAGGUAGUCUGGAGGUCGGCUACGUUCUGGACGAGCUAUAUGGUGUGACUUUCCGCUCUCUCAGCGUCUCUAGUGGCGCUCAACUCCCCGACGUAGCACGAGAGCUUCUGUAUCACUUCGAGACGCAGGGAACGCCUGUCAUGAUGGGUGGAGGCCAACUGGCGUUCACCCUGCUGGGUGUAGACUACGAUCCUGAUGCAGGGGUCUGCGCCUUCCUCACACUGGACCCACACUACACUGGCGACGAGGACCUGGCCACAAUCCAGCACCAAACCGUAACUCUUGAGGGUUACAAGGCUGUGCCCUGCAGUUGGCGCAAGACUACAACUUUUGCCAAAAACAGCUUCUACAAUCUGUGCCUGCCACAACGCCCAAGUGUCGGCGUCUAA